AUGCGCUGGCCUCGGCCUCUCGACAAUAAUCGAGAGGCCGAGGCCAGCGCCCAGUACCUGAUCAUUGCCACAAGCGACGAAAUACGCUUCUUGCGGCUCGAAAUUGAAUUUUGUGGGCAAGACGUUCGGUUCUUGAUCGCUGGGAUUUUCUUUAUCUUGGUACAGCCAUCACGACAGCUGCUGGGCAUGGAUUUGCUUUUGUUGGUUUAUACUCGCUCAUAUACGGUGAUGUUGAAACUAUUGCUAGCAUGGAUUUUUUUAGCGCCUGUGUGCGCAUUUUACACUCACGCAUUCCUAGCGAGCCGCCGAAUUAUCGGUGCACUUCGGCUGCUUGUGACUGCUGGUACUGCCGCUGCUACUUGUGCUGGGUAG